AUGUUUUUUUUCGAGAACACUCAACAAUCAAAUCUUUACUACAAUAACAACUACGCUAGCUGUAAAGAUUAUUUCGAAGACCUGCAAGAAGAUCCACUUUUAGAAUCAGAUAACUAUUUCUUAAAUGCUAAUUCAGUACAAUCUUUUAAUAACAUUGCUGCUAAUUCUAACACUAAGAUGAGCAAUAAUAACGAUAAUAAUGAUCGUAUAGAUGGCUACUCUAACUGUAAUUAUAAUUACUCCUAUGACCAAACCCCAAAUUUGUUGGGAGAUGAUAUUUUUGAUAGCAUUAACUACAUGUUUAAUGACCUAAAUUCAGAUAAUACUUUAAACUCGCCCUCAGGCUAUUCAGAGAGAAUCUCUUCUGAUUUAUCUAAUGGUUCUAUUUUUUCUAAUGAUUCUAUGUUGACUUUAUCUCUACCCUUAACAUUUAACAAAAAUAUAAAAGCUAACUCUACUACCGUUAACAGGGCUAGUGACAAAAAUAGUGAUGUGAAUACCAUUUCACCAUUUUCUUCAGUAGUGUCUACCCCUGAAUUAGUACAGAAAGUUAAUGAUUUAUAUAAAAAUAUCAAUGAAAAUUUAUUAUUUAAUAAUGAUCCUAGUACCACCACCAGUUCUAUAUCUAUAACCACUUCUAGCAUCGCUAACAACGAUAGUGUUAAUAAUACAGACAUAACAAAAGAAGAAAAUAAAUCAGCUGGUCUUAAUGUUAUCAACGAAAACACCAAAAAGAAUCAUUGGGCUAAAGUGGAUAGGGUUAAAAGAAUAAGAAGACAUAACUACAAUAAUAAUAAUAACCAUGUUUCAAAGCUUCAAAAUCCAAAGACAGGUAAGAAAAUUGCUGAUUCAAGGUUAUCAGUGGCUGCCUUAGCUGAGGUCCUUAAAGUUGAUUCAUUGGAUGAAGCAUUAGCGACAGAAAGGUAUAUACUUGAUAUCUUUGAAAAUGAGUUGCAAUAUCCGUUAGGUCACAAAACAUGGAUUAGAGAUACACCAAAGUGUGAAAGAGAAAGACUGAUUAAUCAAUUAUAUGAAAGAACUAGACAUAAAUAUCCAUACUAUGAUAAAUCUAUCCUAGAAACAAUAAUUAGACGUUCAACUUAUUCUAUGAUGCAAAGUAGAUUAAGGAAAGAAAGGAAAAGAAACAGAAAAUUGUCCCAAAGUUCGGACUCUAAUACAAAUGCUGUUAGUAAUAUUAAUAUUCCUCUUCCAGUUAUUUCAAACAAUAAUAAUACUUGUUCAACUAAUAUUAAUAAAGUUAAUGUAUGA